AUGGCGUUUGCCACGAUAAAUUCCGCACCACCGACACAUACCGCAGCGCAAAUAUCGACCCAGAUCCCUACGAUUGAGGAUGCCUUUGGCGCUGAGCCUGCGCUUAAGAAGCGAAUUUACGAUGCAAUCGGAUCAACUCCCCAAUAUAUUUCACUAUUUGAAGACAUUGCUCGGUAUACCUCCAGUCUGCGAACGAGAAAUGCGAACUCCGUUCAGCCCAUCCAAGUUGUUCACGACGAACCCGCCGCGAAAAAACGCAAGCUUGAAAAUGGAAUCGGUCAGGGGACUGGGGGCGCUCAAUCGCUGGCUGAUUUGAAAACACACAAAGCUCUACAGUUCUACAUGCAAGACGUAUCGUUUGCCAUGCCGCAAAGAAAGAAGUUGACACUGGAGAUCACGGCGGGAAAUAAAUAUCUUCGGGCUAGGAAUCAGACGUCGAAGGAGGUAGAGUUUGGCGUGCCGCUGGACAGAGUUCAACAGGUCUUGUGCCUCCCCGUUCCGGAGAAGACUCAACGACAGUUCAAUUUUUGCAUUAUCCCCCAGUAUGCCGAUGGGAUCAAUUCGCCUCCGAAUGGCGUUCCUGUCCCGGAGGCAGUUAUGUGGACGAUCAACGACGGGCCUGCGAAAGCUGCGUUUUCGGGGCACGGGCAACAAAUUGGAAACCAAGAUGGCGAAACGGCCGAGGACCUAGUGCGCCAAGUGUUAAAUGAGAAUCUGUCACAUACACAGGUUAUACGCCCAUGUGCGCAGGAAUUUGCUAGCGCCAUGCCAGAGGGCCAUCGGAAGGGUGAGAUGGCAUACCAUGUCAAGGCCUUCCGUGGAAGUAAAGAAGACUCCAUUUCUUACACCUCUGUUCUCCAGCGGACGUUCAAUCUGAACAUUGUGGCGCGCGCUACAGGCAGUGACGAAACACAAGAGUUUGAAUUCUCCAUGAUCGACCAGGCAGACUACUCCGGCAUCGACACCUACAUCAAAACGCACGGCCUGCAAGAUGCCAGCCUCGCGGAAGCCCGACGCGCAAAGCGCUACAAUAUCAACGGGGCAAAGACAGAAGAAAAUGGCGAGGCUGCCAGUCAAGAGGCGGAAGAGAGUGAGCUGCAGAAGGCACAACGCGAGCUAGAAGACCAAGAAGAUGAAGAAGAAGAAGACUACGACCCAGGAAGUGAGGGCGAGAGCGAGGGCAGCGGCUCCAGCAGCGAGGAAAACUCAGAUGACGACCAGGAUGACGAUGCGGAUGGCAACUUGGUAGCGGAAGAGCUUGGAAGUGAAGCGGAAGACGUUCCUGAAGAUGAGUUGUAA